AUCUGAGAAAACAAACCAACACGAAAAACACGAGCUAUUUUUUCCUGCUCCACCUCUCGCCGGCGCUAGAUUGACCAGCAGCUGCUGCAAUGGCCGAUGCGGAAGUUCCUCUGCUGGACGACGUCGUCGAAGGAUCCGUCGACUUCAAAGGCCGCCCCGUUUUCCGAUCCAAAUCCGGUGGCUGGAGAUCCGCUUCCUUCAUCAUAGCCGUGGAGGUGGCGGAGAGGUUUGCUUACUACGGAAUCAGCUCCAAUUUGAUAAGCUAUUUGACCGGACCGCUGGGGCAGUCCACCGCCACGGCGGCGGAGAAUGUGAACGCAUGGUCUGGAGCGGCGUCGCUUCUGCCGCUAUUAGGCGCCUUUUUGGCCGACUCGUUUUUCGGUCGGUAUCGGACGAUUAUCGCGGCUUCUCUGCUGUAUAUUGCGGCACUUGGAAGCUUGUCACUCUCAGCUGUCAUUUAUUCUAUGAGCUCAUCCGACUGUGAAGUUGCAGCCGGUAUGAAAGCUUGCUCUCCGUCUCAAUUUCAAGUUGUUCUCUUUUUCUUCUCGUUGUAUCUAGUCGCAUUCGCCCAGGGAGGGCACAAGCCUUGCGUCCAAGCUUUUGGAGCUGACCAGUUUGAUGAACAAGAUCCGGUAGAAAAAAAGGCAAAAAGCUCGUUCUUCAACUGGUGGUACUUUUCGUUUUGUGCUGGUGUUUUGGUGUCUCUUUUCAUUUUGAACUACAUCCAAGACAAUUUGAGUUGGGCACUUGGCUUUGGUAUCCCCUGCAUUGUCAUGGGCCUAGGCCUGAUUGUGUUUCUUCUUGGAAGUUAUACAUAUCGGUUCCAAGUACAAAGUGACGAGAGAAGCCCGUUUCUCAGAAUUGGUCAAGUGUUCAUUAGAGCAUGUAGAAAUUGGAGGACUACUCAUUCUGCCAUAGACAUGGAAUUGGAAGCCGAGGGAAUUCUCCCCUAUGAAGGCUUUCAGCAAUAUAAGUAUCUGAACAAAGCUUUAGUUUCACCUGAUGGCUCUAAGCAGAAUGAGAAAACUUGUAGCAUAACUGACAUAGAAGAGGCGAAGUCGGUUCUCAGGCUCGUUCCGAUAUGGGGCACGUGUUUAGUUUACGGCCUAGUGUUUUCGCAGUCAUCCACUUUAUUCACCAAACAAGGCGUCACAAUGGACCGUCACAUCAUCUCAAGCUUCCAAAUACCGGCUGCUUCGCUUCAAUCUCUCAUAAGCUUCUCCAUUGUCGUCUUCAUCCCCAUCUAUGACCGCAUCCUACUCCCAAAAGCCCGCGCCCUAUCCGGGAAACCAUCAGGCAUAUCAAUGCUGCAGCGCAUUGGCACUGGAUUGUUCCUGUCCUUGCUCUCAAUGGUGAUCGCAGCUCUAGUGGAGACGAAGCGUCUCCAAAUAGCUGUCGAGUAUGGGCUGGUGGACAUGCCAACGGCCACGGUCCCCAUGAGCGUGUGGUGGCUGGCACCUCAGUAUCUGCUUUUUGGAAUCUCCGACGUUUUCACAAUGGUUGGCCUCCAAGAAUUUUUCUAUGAUCAAGUUCCUAGGGAGCUGAGAAGCAUCGGUCUUGCUCUCUAUCUCAGCAUAUUCGGCAUAGGGAGUUUCAUCAGCAGUUUUCUCAUCUCUGUGAUUGAGAACGCCACUGGUGGUGAGGGCAAGGAAAGCUGGUUCGGGGACAACUUGAACCGGGCUCAUCUAGACUAUUUCUACUGGCUGCUGGCCGGGCUCAGUGCAGCUGCAUGCACCGCGUAUCUCUACUUCACGAAGUCCUAUAUCUAUAACAGCAAACGCGUUGCUUGAUUGUGAUUGCGCGUAAAAGGAAAGCUUCAACCGGGUAUGUUGUUACAUGGCAAGAUUGUGCUUUUAUGUUGCCCCUGUUUUAUAUGUGAUGAUGUAUCGUCGUGUUUGGUAUAUUUCUAUACGACGGGGAUGAUGAGCGCGGGGCUCGUUUAGAUUUGUAUGGGCGACUAGAAUUGAUGUAUGCGAAUGUAGUACUAAGAAUUGAUUAUAUGAUUACCUUGCAUUUAAAAUCCAA